CAACGCCUUCAGCAUAUAUAGCUGACAAAACGUAAAACCUUUUCCUCCGGAAAGUUUCUCCUUUAUUUUUUCCUGCUGCUUUCCGAACGUGAACACAACAACACACUCACCACGGUGUUGAACCGAGCGCUGCAUCAAUCUCAUCCAUCAUCAGGUUGAAUUUCAAUGGUUGGGUGGAUAGUUGUUGAUACUUGAUACCAUAUGAUAUCUCAUCAAUGUCUUGUGCAAGAGCUGGGAAUUUUACAAUUGCUUUGUAGUUAGCAAGUCAAUUCACAGGAGAACUGUUAAUUUGGGGAUCUUCUUCUCCAGCAACUAGUUCAUGGGUAUGGUGUUUGUUUGGUAUUUGAGGGACAUGAGCUGUGGAUAUAUAUAUGCAGAUUGAGGAGAGGGCUUAUUGUUAGAAGAACCAUAAACCCUAUCAUGGUCUUUGCUUGCUUUGUGUAUUUGAGGAAAUAGCUAGCAUACCCUUCUUCGCGCAGCGAGUGUUGCUGUUCUGUUCAAUUUGCUGUGCUGCCCAAAAGUUUGCUUGAUCUUCAACAAUGUCGGAGAAAACUCCUGCGGUUCUAUCAAGGUUUAUGUUUUGUGUGAUGCUGAUUUCUAUGUUCCUUUUGGUCCUGUCUACCCUUUUCCUGCUCCAGUUUAGUAACCAUUCUUUGAUACCUAGAUCAGUGUUAGAGCUUAUUAUUGUCAAUAAUACAUCACUUUACUUCAUGCCUGAUACCAAUAGGGAGCAAAUUCAACUCCCUAAACACCCUUCUGAGGACGUAAGAUUUCAAUCAUUAAAACCCAGUGAAUCUGAUUGGAAAGUUUCCAAUUCAAGCCACAAAACAAGCUCUGUUAGACAGGAGACAAAUAUGGCAUCUGACCGAACUCGGGCUCUAUUGAGAGUAUUUAUGUAUGAUUUGCCUCCUGAAUUUCACUUUGGUUUAUUGGGUUGGAAGGGAAGUGUAAAUAAAAAAUGGCCACAGGUGGAUGACCUCAAAGAUAUUCCGCGUUAUCCGGGUGGACUGAACUUGCAGCACAGUGUGGAAUACUGGCUCACCCUCGAUCUUCUUUCAUCGAACUCCCCGAAAGUUGGCCAACCUUGCCCUGUUAUUAGAGUACAGAAUUCAAGUCAAGCAGAUGUGAUUUUUGUGCCGUUUUUCUCGUCUCUGAGUUACAAUCGACAUUCCAAGAUUCGUGAGGGUGAAAAAGUUAGUGUUGACAAAACAUUGCAAGACAGAUUGGUGAAAUUCUUAAUGGGCCAGAAAGAAUGGAAACGUUCAGGAGGGAAGAAUCAUCUGAUUGUAGCCCACCAUCCUAACAGCAUGCUGGAUGCUAGAACGAAGUUGGGCUCUGCUAUGCUCGUGCUUGCAGAUUUUGGUAGAUAUCCAAAUGAAUUGGCAAACAUCAAGAAAGAUAUAAUUGCCCCGUAUAGGCAUGUCGUACGCACCAUUCCAAGAGCUGAAUCGGCUUCAUAUGAGGAACGUUCCACACUGGUGUAUUUCCAAGGGGCAAUAUACAGGAAAGAUGGAGGAUUUAUUCGCCAAGAACUGUAUUACCUCCUCAAAGAUGAGAAAGAUGUGCAUUUCACAUUUGGGAGCAUAGGAGGAAAUGGGAUUAAGCAAGCAAGCAAGGGGAUGGGCUUUUCCAAAUUCUGUCUGAACAUUGCUGGAGAUACCCCAUCGUCCAAUCGCCUCUUUGAUGCCAUAGUAAGUCAUUGUGUUCCUGUCAUCAUCAGCGAUGAAAUUGAGCUACCAUUCGAAGAUGUCUUGGACUACUCAGAGUUUUCCUUACUUGUCCGAGCCGCCGAUGCUGUAAAGCAAGGCUACCUGCUGAAUCUCCUUCGCUCAAUCAAGCGGGAGGAGUGGACCAAGAUGUGGGAAAGGUUGAAGGAGAUUACCCAUCACUUUGAGUAUCAAUAUCCAUCCCAGCCUGGGGAUGCAGUAAACAUGAUUUGGCAGGAAGUUCAGCAUAAGAUAUCUUCAACACAGUUCAAUUUGCACAGGAAGAACAGGUACCGGAGAUCUCAGCUUCAUGUUAAGACUAACUGAAGUACUGAGAUUCUAUUAAACCUUUGUCACAUUCAAUAUAUCAAUGGAGAGAGACAGACCCAGUUUAAUUUAUGUGCAACUAGCAAGCUUCAUACUCUUUUCAUUGAAUAGCUCAUUUUGUGAUGAAAAAAAUGAUUCUUUUUAAGUCGUUGCAUACCAUGUCCUCUAUCCUCUUGACAUAUGAAUCUUAGUAAAAAUUACAAGAAAGUAUAAUAACUAUAUUCAAAAA